UCAUCCGCAACACGCAUGGAAGCCAGCAUGAUUACCUCAAAGAAGCUUAUCAGAACGACAAGCAAGUGGCAGAGGGUAGCAGACAUUGGAAGUAAAAGAAUUGCAGCAGCAAGGACUAAUAAAAAUAGAGCUGCUGCAGAUCAUUCUAAUAAGCCAUCAGUAGUUGAUAAAGGAUGCUUUGUUGUCUACACAGCGGAUAAGAGACGAUUCGUGAUCCCGUUGGCGUUUCUCAGCAGCUGCAUUUUCAGUGAACUCUUCAAGAUGUCUGAAGAGGAGUUUGGAUUGCCCAGUGAUGGGCCUAUAACAUUGCCAUGUGAUUCGGUGCUCAUGAAAUACAUCGUCUCCCUUGUGAAACGAGGAUUGGCUCAGGAUAUGGAGAGAGCAGUGCUCAAUUCCAUUACUGCCUAUCGUUGUACAUCUUCAGAUACUUGAAUCAAGUACAUGCAGAUCAACAGUCAAUUGUUUGUGGAUUAUAAUUAAAUUGGCUCUGAAUCGUGAAAAUG